CUACAAAAACCGAAAGCGCGGAACGUCGUGUCUUUUCCAUAGAGUUACUUUAUUAUUACGGGUAGUUGACGUUUUUUAAAUAGAGAUAUUAUUCCCGUGCUAUCCGCAGUUCGUUUGAAAUUCUUAGUUGGGAUUUGUUUAAAAACGUCGAGAAAAUUGCAAAAUGGUCGGGAAAAUUGCUAUAGGAAUCGAUCUAGGCACCACGUACUCGUGCGUGGGCGUCUGGCAACAUGGACGAGUGGAGAUCGUGGCAAACGACCAAGGCAACAGGACAACACCGAGCUAUGUGGCGUUCACGGACACCGAACGGCUGGUGGGCGACGGGGCCAAGAACCAGGUGGCCACAAAUCCCGGCAACACGGUGUUUGACGCCAAACGUCUGAUCGGCCGUCGGUUCGAUGACACCAACUUACAGGCGGACAUGAAACACUGGCCGUUCACCGUGAUCGACGAUUGCGGAAAGCCGAAAAUCCGGGUACAAUUCAAGGGCGAGUGGAAGGUAUUUGCACCCGAGGAGAUCAGCUCAAUGGUGCUGUCGAAAAUGAAAGAGACGGCCGAAGCAUACUUGGGUUGCGGUGUGACCGAGGCCGUCAUUACGGUGCCGGCUUACUUUAACGAUUCGCAGAGACAGGCGACCAAAGACGCAGGCACCAUAGCCGGACUCGAAGUGAUGCGGAUAAUCAACGAACCAACGGCCGCGGCCUUGGCAUACGGUCUGGAUAAGGAACUGAAAGGCGAGCGGAACGUGUUGAUAUUCGACCUGGGUGGCGGUACAUUUGACGUGUCCGUCUUGCAGAUCGAUCAGGGGUCCAUGUUUGAAGUGAAAUCUACGGCUGGUGACACACACCUGGGAGGCGAGGACUUCGACAACCGUCUAGUGACGCACCUGGCAGACGAAUUCAAGCGGAAAUUCAAAAAGGACAUCACCUGCAAUCCCAAAGCGCUGAGACGGUUAAGGACGGCCGCUGAACGGGCUAAGAGGACGCUGUCGACCAGCUCGGAGGCCACCGUCGAGAUUGACGCUUUGAUGGACGGAAUAGAUUUUUAUAUCAGGGUGUCCAGGGCUCGGUUUGAAGAACUGUGUAUGGAUCUGUUCAAGUCAACACUUCAGCCGGUCGAGAAAGCGUUAGUCGAUGCUAAGUUGGAUAAGGGAGCCAUAGACGACGUGGUCCUGGUGGGAGGCUCGACGAGGAUCCCAAAGAUCCAGAGUCUUCUGCGGGAUUUUUUCGGCGACAAGUCUCUGAACCUGUCCGUCAAUCCCGACGAGGCGGUGGCGUACGGUGCCACCGUGCAGGCGGCCAUUCUCAGUGGUGACACUAGUUCAGCUAUCCAAGACGUGUUGCUCGUGGACGUUACUCCGCUGUCAUUGGGCAUCGAGACCGCGGGAGGCGUCAUGACCAAUGUAGUCGACCGCAACACCAUCAUUCCGUGCAAACAGACGCGUACAUUCACUACGUACGCGGACAACCAGCCGGCCGUCAGUGUCCAAGUAUUCGAAGGGGAAAGGGCCAUGACUAAGGAUAACAACUUACUGGGUACAUUCGAUCUGACCGGUAUACCGCCGGCCCCCAGAGGCGUACCCAAGAUCGACGUGACGUUCGACUUAGACGCCAACGGCAUUUUGAACGUGUCGGCUAAAGACAACAGUUCAGGUCGGUGCAAAAACAUCGUCAUCAAAAAUGACAAGGGCCGCCUGUCCCAGGCCGAAAUUGAUCGAAUGCUCGGUGAUGCUGAACGGUACAAAAAAGAUGACCAGCGACAGAAGGCAAAAGUCGCGGCUAAGAACCAGUUGGAAAGUUAUGUGUUAAAUGUGAAACAAGCAUUGGACGGAGCCGGCGACAAGUUGACCAAAUCUGAGAAGAGCGUAUGCAAAAAGGAAUGCGACGCUAUAGUCGGAUGGAUGGAAAACAAUCCGUUGGCCGAUGAAGACGAGUAUGCGUUUAAGCUAAAGGAACUCCAAAAGAGCUGCUCGAGUCUGAUGACGAAAUUGCAUGGUAGACAACCUACACGGACGACCGGUGGAAGUAGGACACAUUCAUCCCAAGGGCCUACAGUGGAAGAAGUCGAAGAUUAAACUCAUGCAUCCCAUAUUUCCUUUUCACUUAUUAUAGUUUUAUUGAUUUUCUAAGUUCUAGUGUUUGUAUUAUUUUAUUUUAUCACAAAAAAAUAAAGUUCUUUUCAUUAUUAGAAUUUAGGUCAAGGUAUUAAGUAUUGCUGUAUUAGUCAUGAUUAUGAACAAUAG